AUGGCCUCUCCAGGUGGGAAUCCCCAGCGAUCCUGGCAAUCGUGGCGCCUGCUCAACGAGGGCUUCAAGUUUUUCGCCACCAGGCUGGGCAGGAAUGGUGGUAUGGCUUUCAGCUGGGAGGAGUCCCUGGGCAGCAGCGUCGAGCUCCUCCAUCAGACGACCGGCGCGACCAGAUUGUCCCAGAGCCUGGCCGCCGCCCAGGAGCGCACCCAGGUGCUGGAGGAGCGGAACCGCAGGCUGAAGGAUCUGGCGAUGGACAAGUCGGAUCUCUUCGAGUCGCGGGGCCUGAUGCUGUGCUCCCGGGUCUUCGACCUCAGCCAGGAGCUGAUCGUGACCAGGAUGCGGAUCAACGACUUCGAGAACGCCUGCACGCAGCUGCGAAGGCGCAUCUUGGAGCUGAAGCUGCGACGCGUCCAGCGCCGACGGCUCCUCUGCCACGAGAUGCAGCAGCUGCGCCUGGCGCAGGAGCUCCAGGUGCCCCCCGUCCUGAGGCGCCUGUGGCACGGCCUCCGCUUCCUGUGGAACUGCGUGGAGUGCCUGGCGCAGGUGAGCCACGUGGCGCGUCCUCCUGGGAAGGCGGAGAGCACGAUGGACGCCCUCAAUUUGUUCGUGGCGGGCUUUUGACAUGUCCUGUCUU